CUCUGUGCCACUCCGUUUCUCUCACUCUCUCUCUCUCUCCCUCUCCUCUAUGCUGCUAUUCUGGGAAGUGGCGUUUGGAAUAACCCCCGUGUGCUUAUGAGUGUGUGUGUGCGUGUGUAUGUAUGUGUCUCCUGAUUUCACCCUCACACACGCACACGUACACACUCAUAACACAGUCAGACGCACACAUUUACUGUCUGUCUGACUGCAGUAGUGGAGCUCCGACAGCAGAAAUCCGGUCGGAAAGGAUUCCUUCCAUUUUUACGCGCAACUUUUCCUCUUUCGGCCGCCUCGCCGCGACGUUUCCACCGCUCCGCCUCGGCUGUUGUGGAUUUCUAACAACCGCCUCCUGGCUGUUUCUAACGGACAAUCAGCGAGGUGUCAAGCCUGCCCGGAAUCGGAUCUCCUGUCACCGUGGUUGCUUGUUGUCAUAUUCGCACGGAGACGGAGACGCGCAGCCGGAGCGCAGACAGAAGGGGCUGUGACCAGUUUAUGGACUUGCUAAAGUGGACCAGAGGACAGUUACACCAGGAUGGCCCCGUGAGGACACUUACUGUCGGGACUCCUGCUGAAACCAAACUGAGCAUGUGUAGACCAACAAGUCUUUUGGUGAGAAAACUGGAUGACUUUUGAAGCUACAGAAAGAGGAUCUACAAGCACUUUUCUCUAAAGAAAAAUCACUCAAGGAUUCUUCUGCCUUUAGAUGAACUGGACAAAAAAACUCACAGCAACAUUAGUGUGUUUACAAAAUGGCAAAAGGAGAAAAACAUUUCUGAUGUUAUCCACUAAAGCUCCCCUUUUAUUUCCACUUCCUGAUUCCUGUUUCCAGCCUGGCUUUACAAUCAAUCUAUUUCAGCAAUGGACUGGUACUUCCUGUAUCUGUGAACUUGUCGGCAGCCCUCAAAGGUUCAGCUAUAAUGCCUGGUAGUUUUGGGACCUUGUAACCCUCCAGAACCUACCCUCCCAACUCCCCUACCAUCCCCUCUAUCCUCCCUCUUCUAACCCACAGAAGAGCUUCACAAAAAUGGAGGCUCGUGAUUCAGCUGCCGCUGGGCAGAAGUGCUCAAAUAAGGAACCAGUGAAGGAGAAGACGCCUCUGCAAAGAAAGUGGGCAUCUGAGCCCUCUGCACACACCAAACGAAGCACUUUUGCUGACCCAGAGGCAAAACACCGUGAGAGUUUGCCAUGUGGUGCCACCGGGGGAUCAGCACCCCAGCAGAAGUAUGCAUUUACAGGAAAUUCUGGAAAGCUGCUAUCUGGACCCUCUGCAGUUGGGCCCCUAGGAGGCCCACCAUCUCAAGACCCCCAAGGGCCCUUUGCUCAGGGAUUCCCAAGGGGAUACUCCUACCAGCUGGGCCAGCCGUACCCUCAGCACCCCCAAACUGAGCGCUUCCUCUCAGGAGCCAAACCCCAGCCAGGUCUAGAGCCUCAUGCCUGGCCAUUCGCUGGCCAGUUGCCCUCAGAUGACCUGUACCCUGUGGGACACCCGGGACAUACUCACCCUCAUGGGGCUGGGGCAGGGAGGUUUCCCCGCCAGAAAUCUCCCAGUUUACCCAGUUCCUUCGGCCAGUAUUCUCAGUCAGGCUCUGAGCCUGGAGAGGAGGGCUACAGCAAAAAAGAGCAGAAGCCGAAAAAGCCUGGUAAGUACAUCUGUCACUAUUGUGGUCGAGCUUGCGCCAAGCCCAGCGUCCUGAAGAAGCAUAUCCGCUCACAUACUGGAGAGAGGCCAUAUCCUUGUGUACCCUGUGGCUUUUCCUUCAAAACCAAGAGCAACCUUUACAAGCAUCGCAAGUCCCAUGCUCAUGCCAUCAAGGCUGGACUCGUACCAUUUUCAGAGCUAGCUGUGGCCCGCAGCGGGGACAUGGACCAGGCAUCCCCAGUAGGCGAGGCCGAGGUCCACUCAGAUGGAGAGCAGAGUACCGACACAGAUGAGGAAGGUCUGGAGGGCUCAACUAUGCUGACGGACAAAGGCAGCCCCAUCCCACAGAUCUCCUUUGAAGCUGACAAGAAUACAGGUGGUGUGGAACCAGCAUACGCAGACUCAGCUGAAGAGCUGCCCGUGGGGUCUAUAAAAGUGCCUAUCCUUAUUUUCCCCAACCCUGGGGGAGUCCCUUCCACAGGGAUGGAGUGCCCACCCUUUCAGGACAUAAAGGGGUCACACCACAUGUUGGCAUCACAGGCUGGUGGAAGAGCGCAUUCACUGGAUGACUCCCCCACCAUCAAACAACGUUUGGCCCUGAGGCUGAAUGAGAAAAAAGGUCAGGACUCUGACUCUGCCAUGUCCCAGUCCCUGAAUCUCCUCAGUCCUCACAGCAAAGGCAGCACAGACUCUGGCUACUUUUCACGCUCCGAGAGUGCAGAGCAGCAGAUCAGCCCUCCAAAUACUAAUGUCAAGACAUAUGAAGAGAUUAUGUUUGGUCGGACUUGGUACUACCGACCCAACUCCAGAUCCAGACAGUCUAUCACAGUGGGCAUGGCAGGGGCAGACCCCAGCAGCCUGGCUAGCUUAAAUCAACCAGGUGCUAUUCUGGACAUGGGGAAGAUAGCUGAGGAUCAUAUCUGUUUCAGAGGGGAUGUAGGAGUCUCUGGAGAUCCCAAGCAGUAUCCAAUGGGACCCUGUCAAAGCAGUACAGGGCUUCUGGAGCCUCCGUCAGAUUCUGGGCCCCUUAUUAGGAGUAACUCCAUGCCAACUUCCUCCCCUCCUAACCUUAGUGUCCCACCAGAGAUUCGAGCUAGCCACUCCUUUGAUGAGAUUAUUACAUUGGAUGAUGUGUUUUACCCACCUCGCAGACUCAGAAGACAGGCUGCAUUUGAACAUUCAGCCAAUGAAGCCCAUGUGGGAGAGGCUGAGGGCUAUGGACACAUGCCCAAGAAUUUAGCUUCAUCUCUGGGUAUGAAGAUUGGUGAGCGCAGCCCAGGAGUCCCAGAGCACAUUGCCUACAGCCCAUUUGGUACUAAAGUUAGUAUGUCAGAAAUAGCGACAAGAAAAAGGAGGAAAGAGAAGAGUGUUGGGGAUGAAGAGGACAGCCCUGGGCACUGUGACAGUAGCUGUAGUGGUUCAGUGGAGAUGAUAGGGGACUAUGAGUUUAAACAAGUAAGUCUUGAUGGAUCGAGAGCCACCCCAACAGGAAAGGGCUCUCUUCACAGUGCUCACAGCCAGUCUGACAGCUUUGAUACCUGUGCCAGCAUGUGCUCUGAGGACAUUGCACUGUUUCCUGACUCUGAGUGCAGGAAGGCAGCUGGGAAUGUCAUAUCAGUCAUCCAGCACACCAACUCCCUCAGCCGGCCAAAUUCCUUUGAGAAGUCAGAGUCCUUUGAGCAGCCAGGAUAUCAGCCUUCAGAUAAAGCUCCAUCUAGCCAGUUCUCUGAACAGUCUGACACAGAUAUCUUUGAAGAUGCUCUGAGUCCUGAAUCUGCCCUACUGAGGACAGAGAACAUGGAGCAGCAGCUGCAAAGUGACAGUGACCUGGCCUCCCUCUCAUCUUCGUCAGCUGCAGCCUCACCUGGUCAGCCUUAUCACAUCCCACACAAACUAGUCCGACAACCCAACAUCCAAGUUCCUGAGAUUAGGGUGACAGAGGAGCCAGACAAGCCUGAGAAAGAUAUAGAAGCUCCAAUGACCAAGGAACCGGAGAAGCAGCAGCAGCAUGUGGAGGAGUUCCAGCUGCCACAGAGGAGUGACACACUCUCCCAGAUGCCAUCGGAAAAGCUCCCACCCAAGAAGAAGAGGCUGCGCCUGGCAGAUAUGGAGCACUCAUCUGGGGAAUCAAGCUUUGAGUCGACCUGCACCAGCCUUUCUCGCAGCCCCAGUCAGGAGAGCAACCUGUCCCACUCCUCUUCCUUCUCCAUGUCCUUUGACAGAGAUGAAGGCCUCAAGUCUGUCUCACCCACCAAACAGGAUGACUCGUUGGCAUCUGGUGGUGGACCUAAGCAGUCCGAGUUCCUGACGGUACCUGGCUGUGGUCAUUCCAGCCACCACCAGCAGAGGGAGAUGAGGAGGUCUUCAUCAGAGCAGGCACCAUGCACGUUGCCCACAGAGUUGCCUGAAAUGCGAAGCAAAUCCUUUGACUAUGGAAGUUUGUCCUCCUCCAGACAGGGAGAGAUAUACUCCAGUGCCUCUGCAAUGAAGGAACGCCGGCGUGGAUAUCUUGUCCGACAGGCUUCACUGAGUGUUUAUCCAGAGGCAGUCACCCAGGAACCAGGGAUUGCUGAGAUGUCAAUCAAACAGGAGAGUUUGGAACAUGGGGCGUGGCCUGGCCCAACAGGAUCCCCCCACAGCAGCAGCGAUGUAGCCAGCAGAACCAAGAGAGUUGGCAGUAGCAUUGGUGGUGUAGGAUCUCACCAGCACCACCAGCAUCUCCUCCAGCAGAGUAUCAGUGAGGAUAGCCUGCAGGACGAACCUCUCUAUGGCAGGUCCCAGCAGCAUCGUUUGCAGGCCCAGGGCUCGUCAUCUGAGGGAGAACAUCCAGGUCAUGAGGUCAUGAACAAGGAGGUAAUCCAGCAGUACCAGAGUGGCCCCCCCUUCCUUUCCUUCCAGCAACCAGGUCUGUUCUGGAGUCAGGAGGCCAGUCAGACACCUAGACAGCAGCUGACCCUCCAGGCCCAGCAGCAACUCCAAAAACUCCACAUCAGAUCACCAGGCAACCUGCCUGGACACCCACCCCACAAACAACAACCACUCCACUCCCUGCAGCAAAUCCAUGAUCAACAGCCACAUGAUGGAAAAUCUGAAAAUCCAAGUUCUCAGAUGUACCCUGCCUCUUUCUCAUCUCGCACCUCUCCCCUGUCCCAGCAACAACAGCAAAACUUUGUCUCUCUCUCCUCCAAGCACUCCCUGUCCAGCUCCACCACCACCCCCAUGCUUCUGCAGCAGAUCCAGCCUGUCUUUGCCACCCAGAACCUGGGCUCUCAGGCCUCCCUGCCUGGUAUGCUGGUUCCUGUGCGGAUCCAAACCCAUGUGCCAUCAUUUGGUAGUGUUAUGUACACCAGUGUUAGCCAGCUGAUAGCUAACCAUGGCAGUGGGGCACAAGGGGUAGGCUCAGCCAUGCCAGGCUGUGCUGACAAUAGCAGCAUGUCUCCUCCAGGUGGAGUUGUGAGUGUCAGCAAACCACCUGGAGGAAUUGGAGGAGGCAUAAGUGGGGCAGGUUUCAACCUAUCACACUUCCUGGGACAGUCCAAUGGCACAGUGCUGCGCUACCCACUCUGGAAGGUCCCAGAUUCACUGCCAGAGCAACGCCUGAACACAGGGAUCCCACUGUCACUAACGUCAGGCACCAUAUCCACGACAGAUGCCUCAGGAUCUGGCAUUGGAGGCAGCAAGCGCAUGCUUUCCCCCGCCAGCUCUCUGGAGCUCUUCAUUGAGACUAAGCAGCAGAAAAGAGUGAAGGAGGAGAGGAUGUAUGGACAGAUUGUUAAGGAGAUGAGUGCCGUGGAGCUAAGUGGAACUGAAAGCAGAGAGAAGGGGCAGGGCAGAGUUCAGCAAGUUCGACUGAAGAGCGAAGGCUCCAUGAAUGAUUCUGAAAGAAUGUCCUCUUCUCCUCCACUAAGCGACUUCCCUGUUGCCACCAAGAUUGCUAUUCCUGUCCGUUCCUCUGCCCCCCACCUCCCUGAUGUACCCCGGGUCGAGAGCUUCACCCCUCCUCUCCAGAUUGUCACAGACCGUUCCCCAGUUUCAGGUGGUCGGGACUCCCCAGAGGACCUUGAUGUGGACGAUUCAGUCCCAGAGACUAACUCCAGCCCCCAGUCCAUGGUGUCCUCCAACAAUGCGGAAGACACUGACAACACAAAGCAGCCUACACCAAGUAAAAUCCCAGUCAGCAUGCUGGUUCAGCUAGAUGCCAACCAAAGCGCAGGAUUAUCUGGAGCAGUGGGUCAGACUCUACUACUCACGGAUGUGGCUGAUGUCCAGCAGUUUUUCCAGUUCCCUAGCCUGCGCACCAUGAGCAGAGUCAGCUGGUGUUUCCUAAACUACACCAAACCCAACAGCACUCAAGCUGCCAUGCGUAGCUCCGUCUACAGUUCAUGGUGUGUAAGCUCAUACAACCCCAAUCCUCUGAACCUCAGCACCAAGGCUGCGCUGGCCCUGCUGAGGUCCAAACAGAGGACAAACACUGAUUCGAUGUACACAACUGCAGCCAUGUCCCCACCCAGCUCUGGAAAACUGGUGUCAUCUGUGGCCUGGAAGCUGAGGUUUGAUCAGUUGAAGCCAGAGCUAAUGCCAGUUGAUGUCAGUAACUUUGGGAGGAAGAUGAAGGGGGUGGUGUCGUGGGACCAUUCGAAAGAGGAGCAGGUAGAGAAGGAGGUCUCAGUCAAACAGCCCGCUACGGAACCAACCCGCAUCAAGAUCUUUGAAGGCGGGUACAAAUCCAAUGAGGACUAUGUUUACGUCCGUGGUCGUGGUCGGGGGAAAUAUAUCUGCGAGGAGUGCGGCAUCCGCUGCAAGAAACCCAGCAUGCUGAAGAAACACAUCAGAACGCACACCGACGUCCGGCCGUACGUCUGCAAGUUCUGCAACUUCGCCUUCAAAACGAAAGGAAACCUGACGAAGCACAUGAAGUCUAAGGCUCAUAUGAAAAAGUGUCUGGAGUUGGGAGUCUCCAUGUCUUCUGUUGAGGACAAUGAGGCAGAUGAAGGAGAUGUCGGAGAGGAAGGCCAGAGGUCUGAAAAGAUUUCGAGAGGUGCCAUGGCGGAGCACCAGUUCUCAGACGCAGACGACUCAGAGGGCGGCGAGGAAGACGGCGAUGAGGUAGACGAUGAAGACGACGAAGAGGAUGACUAUGAUGGCGACUCCACCCCUAAGACCCGUUCACGCUCCACCAGCCCGCAGCCUUACGGCCUGCCCUCCAUGUCGAUCACAGCUGUGGCCUCCUCCCACUCUGCUCCUCACCUUUCUCAUCAUUCAGCAUCUGACCUCCUGAGCAACACCAACAAGCCUCCGCUGUUUGGCUACUUCACCACCGUGCCGAGUAUCCAGAUCACACCGCAGGCUCCGCCCAGCGACCCGGCCGGGAGGGAGUGCAGUCAGGCGGAGUACCAGCGAGGUCUGCAGCGGGCGCUGGGUAGCAGGCUGCUGGUUCCACCCUCCUCCUCCAUGGACGAAGACCUCCCUGUCCCCUCCCCAGACCUCUCCUCCACCUCCUCCCGCCUGUCCUCUCCAGGGCUGGACCACUCCGGCUGCCCAUCCCCCAUCUCCCCUUCAUCCUCACCUUCAGCCCACCGAUACCUCUCCCCAUGUCGUGACCUCUCGCCCCACGCCGGACACCUCUCACCCAGGCGGGACAUCUCUCCUCUGCGUCACAUCUCCCCCAAGAGGGACCUGGGGGUGGCAGGGGGAUACCGGCGAGAGCUCUCCCCCAGGAGGGGACACCUCUCGCUGCUCUCCCCUCUCUCUCGGCCCACGUCUCCAGCAGGAAGAGACUACAAGCGUGACCUUUCACCACGAGGCCACCACAGGGGGAUGAUCCGGCCUGUUUCUCCUCGCCGAGGGCUCCACCAACACCUCCACCACCAAAGCCAACAGAGUGGAUUGCGGGGCCUCAGGACAGGUCACCAGGCUGGGGGUUUGGGUCAGGCAGAGCUUGACCCUCUGGGACGUCGCAGAGGCAGCGCAGAGAUGGAGACGGAAUAUCGUUCGGGCUCACCGUCGCCAGGGGAACGGGACCAGGGCGGUAACCAGUCCAGCCCACCUCACCAAGUCCUGUUCAGUCAUCUUCCUCUCCAUUCUCAACUCCAGGUGCGUUCGCCGUUCCCAAUGAUCCCCAUCGGAGGGAUCCAGAUGGUACACUCCGUCCCCACGUCUGUCACCACCCCUCUGGCCCAGCAGGGGGCACAGCAGGUUGCAUCCCGCCGGGUGCUGCAGAAGAGCACGUCGGAGGACUCCAACACCAGCGAGGCCGCCUCCCCUCAUUUCUCCUCCUUCACUGAGAGGGGAGUUCGAGGAGGAGCAGGAGGAGGCGAGAGGCUGAGGGAGUUGACUUCACCUCACCCCUCAUCGCAGCAGAGGGAAGGAGGAGGAGCGAGGCAUGAGCAGGAGGAGAGCAUCCACACCUGCACCAAGGCCAUCGCCUCGCUCUGUAUCGACUCGGAGGAGCUCGCCGAGAGAGGAGGAAGAGGCGGAGGGGAUAAAGGAAAAGAUGGAGGCAGAGCUUCUUCCUCUUCUUCCUCUCCUUCUGCGUUGCCCCACGACUCCCAACAACAGCAGCGCUCGCCAUCCAUCUCCAUGUCGCCGCCAUCUCCUCACCCUUCACCAUCUCCUUCACAAGGUCCCGGGAUUCAGCACUUUAGCGGCCUGGAGCCCAGGCCCCCCUACCCAUCAAUCCCCGCCUCCCCUCACUCCUCCUCCUCCUCCUCUCCGCACCCUCCCAGUCCCGGAUCUGAAACCCUGCAGCCUCCAACAGUGUCCAAACCACUCAAGCUGGAGAGAGACAGGGAGGUAGAAAGCACAAAAAGAAGCAAAGAUGUGUCGUAGUGUUGCAGACGAAGAACAAGAGGAGGAGAAACGAUGGAUUUCUUUUUUUUUGUUUUUGGAUAAUAGGAAGGGAUGAAGUGCAACAGAGAGAGAAAAUACUUUUGCACACUUUACACACACUUUACACUUACAUACAGUUUAUACAUACAUAAACACACUCUCUCUCUCUCACACACAUACAUAAAUACAAUGCAUACAAAGAAAAACAGCUCUUGUCAAAAAAAAGACUAUAACACAAAUGAACUUGCAGUUUUGCAGUUUUAAUGUAUGUGUACAGCAUGCCUGUUCUAACCGGGGCCUGCUCUCAGAAACUUUCUUAUUUAAAGACUUCAAAGAGGAUCUGCAUACGGUUACACAUGUACGUUAACUCCCACCAACACAUGAGCCCGACCAAAAUCUGCUAAAAAAGGACUCUGGUUAAGCGGUACGUCAAAAAAACAAAACAAAUUCAGACAGCUAUGUGUGUGCCUUUUCUUUAAUCUUUUUUGUUUGUUAGUUGUUUUUUUUUGCUUAUAUUCUUAUAAGCAAACAAAGCAGGAAGGUAAAUGUAAAUACAUUACUAUCACGUUUUGCGUAUCAGCUUUGUAAUAAAUGCAAUCCCCCCCUCCCCCAACCCCCUUCUUCCUCCCCCUACUCCUGUGUUUCUUUUUUUUCUUAUUUUAUUUGGACACCUUAAAGUCUCGACAAGCGAUGUGAAGUUAUGGAUAUUACUAUUACGUACGGUUGCACUAAAACAUAUUUUUAUAUGAGUGAAAUUUUUAAAAUGGCUUUUUUUGUGUACAGCAGCAAUUCUAUAAUACUAUUUAUUAUUGUUACCAUGUUUCAUAAAUUGUACAUUUUUUCUUAAAUGUCGUGGAUGCCUUUUUCUAUGUAAAGCAUGGGUUUUUUGCUAUCGCUUACAUUAGGGACGAGGAUAUGUACACUGUAAUAUGGCUUUAUAUGUUAGACCUAUUUAUAUACGUCUAAGUGAGCCCCCUCUGCUUGGAGGUAUAUACACAUAGAAGUAAGAUUUACCAGAAUAUUUACCCAGCAUAUGAAUACAUACAGUAUAUAGACUCUAUCAACCUGUCUAUCUAUCUAUCUAUCUAUCUAUCUAUCUAUCUAUCUAUCUAUCUAUCUAUCUAUCUAUCUAUCUAUCUAUCUAUCUAUCUAUCUAUCUGCACUUAACAUUUAGAUUGACAUUCACAUUAAGGUUAUGGUAGUUUGCUUGUACAUUUUCUCUGCUGCUCUUUGCCUGUUCCUGGUUGUGAUUUUUCUUGUUUUUUACUUACUUUUGUGGUAUUAUCUCUUGUUUUGAUUUUUACGAGGCACAGAUUUGCUCUCAGCAUUAAGUGAAUGAACAUGCCUUCUUGCACCGUGGCAUUCUGCUCAACUGUUGGUUUUAAGCCCCCGCCCCCAACAACACCUCCAUCAGCAUUUGAGAUGAAUAUCGACGUUACACUGAUUAAAGGUAGCUCCACAUUCUGAAAAACAACUUUGCUUGAAUGAAUACAGUUUUAUUCGUCAGAUAUCUGAACGGGGAAAACAUUCCAUUCCAUGUAAAUGUUCAGUCAACUCCCAUAAACACACACUUACACAUAAAUUUUUUGGCAUUGAUGCACAUUGUGGCCAUGGCAAUCAACCCACCAAGACUCUUAUUUAAUGGCUUUAUUUAUGUAUACACAUAUACAAACACAUACACCAAACUCUCUGGCAAAUGCACCUUAUAAUUCUUAGGAUCUCUGCUAUGGAAGUCCCAGCACUCUGGUCAGUUUUUUGCAGCAAACUUUUAUUGAAAUGGAAGUGUUUAGGAGCAGAACUGCUCUGCGCUCUGAACCCCAAAAUUGUCUGAAAAAAUAAUAAUAAAUUUAACAGUUGUGACAUUGAGGCUUUCUGCACUGCCUUUUUGACCCUUCUGUGACCCCUCCUCUUCUCCUGGAUAUUCUUUGUGUAGCUAAGCAAUAUUUAGCCAAAACUCUGCUCACCAGCAGGGAGUGUAUUUGUUGCAAGGCAACAAUAAGCAUACUUAAAAAUCCUAAAAUCAGGAGAAGAAGGGAGCAGUUGGGGGUUGUGGUGAUUUCAGUGGCACAACUCUUUUCUCUUUUGACAGUUUUGGGUGGAGUCGGGCAGGCUGCAAUGUGAGUGUGUAUCUCUGUAUUCUGUAUCGGUGUGUAUUCAACCAGUAUAUCCUCUUCUUACGACUUUUUUUCUAUUUCGAUCCUCCCUCUGUUAUGUACACUUAUCAUGACGACAAUGAUGUCUUUAAAAAAAAUCUCUUUCUCUCUUUCAAAGAUAUCAAAGCACAAGUCAUUGUUUAGAAAUGACAACAAUACAAAAAAAACGACAAAAAAAGGUAAACGUGCAUAAAAAAAGGGUAACUUUUGUGAUGGUGUUCUGUGGAAUUAAUACAAAUAUCAUGUAUGAACCCAGUUGCAACAAGGAAUCGCAGUAGAAGUGGAAAAAUGGAUUGUUGUUUUCAAAUAAAUAUGAAUAGAAUAA